GGGGGGGGGGAAAGAAAUAGCUUGGCAGGCCAGCAUUGAAGUCAGUUCACUAUCAGCCUCCAUGCCUGAGUACAUCUGAGUCCUGGGAGUGUGCAGAUCACUUGGAUUAUACAGUGUGCUUCUUCUCCUGUGUGCUGUGCUUGGAUUCCCUGGGGUCACCAUGCUGUGGAAGUUGGCUGAUAAUGUCAAAUAUGAGGAGGAAUGUGAGGACAGGCACGAUGGAAGCAGUAAUGGCAACCCUAGGUUACCCCAUCUGUCAUCAGUCAGCCAACACCUGUACAGUCCGGCUCCCCCUCUCUCUCACUCGGGGUCUUCCGAUUUCCAACCCCCUUACUUCCCACCUCCGUACCAGCCUCUGUCCUACUCCCAGUCUGCAGACCCCUACUCCCACCUUGGAGACCCGUUCUCCUUGAACGCCAUCCACGCUUCUCACCCACCUCCCAGCCAACAGCAAGGAUGGCCCAGCCGCCAGAGCCAAGAACACGGAGGAAUUUCCCACCACAACAGAUCGGGGCUGGUCCAUCACAUCCCCUCUUUGGACCCUUCAUCGGGGAGGCUGAGUAGAGACUUCCAAAGAAGACCAGACAUUCUUCUUCAGCACGGUGGAGGCCAUGGAAUGGAGUCCAGCCUGGCGGACAACCUCGGUCUACCGGAGAUGGGCCAACAGAUGGACGAUGUUUCGAGUUUGGAGGAGCAAGGUUUAAUAAUGCAUGAUCAGACAGUCAUCAAAAAAGGAAAACACACCCUCAGUAUGCCCUACCAGAAAGAUGGUCUAAUGGGGAUGGUCAUUAAUCCAAAUGAAGUUUUCUGCUCUGUACCCGGAAGAUUGUCCCUCCUGAGCUCCACCUCAAAAUACAAAGUCACCGUGGCGGAAGUACAGCGUAGACUCUCCCCCCCGGAGUGCCUGAACGCAUCCCUGCUUGGUGGAGUCCUCCGAAGAGCCAAAUCGAAAAACGGAGGGAGGUCGCUGCGAGAAAAGCUAGAGAAAAUCGGUCUAAACUUGCCGGCUGGGAGAAGGAAAGCUGCAAAUGUGACUCUCUUAACGUCUCUUGUGGAAGGGGAGGCAGUACACCUCGCUCGUGACUUUGGCUACGUCUGUGAAACCGAAUUUCCCUCUAAAGCCGUGGCGGAAUACCUGAGCCGACCUCACGCGGAACGUAACGACAUGGGCAAUCGGAAAAACAUGCUCCUCGCUGCUAAGCAGAUCUGCAAAGAAUUCACAGACCUCCUCACCCAGGACAGAACGCCCCUCGGUAACGCCAGACCGAGCCCCAUUCUGGAACCAGGGAUCCAAAGCUGCUUGUCGCACUUCAGCCUCAUAACGCACGGGUUCGGGAGUGCCGCCAUUUGCGCCGCCAUGACCUCUCUACAAAACUACCUGAACGAAGCAUUAAAGGUCGCAGACAAAAUGUACAUGAGUUCUGGAGAACAAAGCCCAGGGGAGGGAAACAAAUCUUUGGACAAGAUGGACAAACACAGAAAAUAGACGGGACCGGGGCGACGUUUCAAUGUUGCUUGGAACGGGGGGAGUUCGGGAGAUUGGCGCGGCAGCCAGCUUCUGUUCCUCCUUUUUUUUUAUCUUACUUUGGACGUGUGAGCAGACUUAUCUUUGCUCUGGAGACUUUGACCCUGUGGGACGGUGCUAUUUUCAGAUCUUCAUCUUUCACUGCCCAGAACUUGUGUUGGGAACUCCAAGAAUUUUUUUUUAUUUUUUUUUAAAAACUCCUUUGCACUCUUUUUAACCCGCUAUGCCCCCCCCCCCCCCAAAAUGAUAAAUUUUAAUGAGACCUUCAGAUCUAAAAUUUUGUAGAAUAGCAUUUGUAGGAAUUGUAAUCCCUUGUCUUAAGCUGCAUGUCAGGGUGAUAUUGCCCUGCCUUGCAUAUUUUCAUGGAGACAAAAAUGAAGACUGUUAUUUACAUUUUUAUACUGGCCUGUUGCUGCUUUAUAAAAAAAAA